AUGAACAGAGUCCGCGCCGGGGACGCUUGCCGCCGGGGAGCAACGCCCGCAUCGAGAAGCCGCAGCGGCGCAUGGCCAUCAGCAGCGUCCGCACCGGAUAGGGGCACCGCUAGGAGCAAACGGCAUGUUGCCGGGGAGGGGCGUCGCCAGGAGCAACGCCCGCACCCAGAAGCCGCGUCCACAUGGGGAGUCACGCCGGGGAGGGCCACUGCACCCGCGUUGGGGAUCCACGCCCGUACCGGGGCAGGGAAUGCUGGAGCAGGGUCGUCAAGGUUAGUAAAGUUGCCGCACCGACCAGGGAGCGUCGGGGCAAGGCCGCCGGCAUCGGGAAGGUCGCCACGCCAGCCAUGGAGCACCGAGGAUGGGAAGGCGGCGGGGCGGAAGGGAUGCGCCGGGGUCUCCCGUACUCGUGUGAAGAAGACGGAAAAAGAGUCUGGGUAG